GAGGAGCCAGGGAAGCAGGCAGAGGGAUGCUGACUUCCUGCCUGCGUUGGGGGCUGCCUGGCCAUAGACAUGGAAGAAGCCUGGGAGGUGGGCAGAGACCGUGAGAGCGCCGGAGCAGCGGUCACUCCAGCCUCUGCUGCCUCAGCCUUGGGGCUCCACCUGCACCAGGCCGAGCAGGCACCUGGGACACGGCCCCACCACACUGGCCCAGGGCCGCCUUCGCCCUGGCUGUCCGCUGUCCAGAGGGCAAGAAGGCGCCGGCCCCACUGCUGUAAUGGAAACUUCCUGGCCAGGCUGCGAGUGGUGACGGCUCGGGUUCCGCCCCACAGAGGCUCUGUCUUCAGUGAUCUCGGGCCAGGCGGUGGGCCGUCCCUGAAAGACAGGGCCAAGCCGCAGGAGCCAGCACCAUGCUCCAGUAAAUGAGGACCACAGCUCGAGCCCUGCACCCUGACUCCGGCCCAGAGGCCCUGCGUGAGACCGGAAAGGAUGAGGAGGCUUCGGAGGAGGGAGACAGGAAGCACCCCCCGUCCAUCCUGAAACGGAGCUGGCUGGAGCGCAGGCCCCACGAGACAGAGCCGCUGAGGACCUCGAGACACGUGCGGUUCCGGGAGCCCCUGGAGGUGGCCGUCCACUACAUCACCUGCAACGAGCCCACGGCCGCAGGCAGGGGCGGGCCACAGCACCCAGCGCCCCGGGGACGUCCCCUGCUCCUGCAGCUGUCUCUGUGUGUUCUGCUCGGAGUGGCGCUGGGCCUGUACUGCAGCCAGGCCAAGCCCAUCGCCACGGCCCUGAAGGACCUCCAGGCCCAGCUCCUGGCCCUUGUCCUGCGCCUCUGGCACAUGGCCCUGAGCAGCUGGCGCUGCCUCCUGCGGUUCUGACCACGGUCGGCAAGUGAUGUCUCCACGGAUCACCCUGGUGGGUGAGGCUUCGGGGAGCCCCGUCUUGGGCUCUGGAGCUAACCAGGAGACAGCCCCAGUGGGUGGUGCAUGGCACAACCAGGGUACCCUGCAGGGCAGCUGUGGGGCUGGGGGAGAGGCACACCAUGCCUGAGACCAGACAUGCGGGACCCAGCAGCUGGCACCCUGCUCCUCCCUAUGUGCAGCCCUCCCCUCCCUAUGCGUCAGGUACUGGGGAGGCUGCCAGAGCGGGCAGGCAGCUGCUGCCCUAGCCUUGCCCUGCUCGGCCUGGCGGGAACUGCGCUGCACCAAGUGCUGGACCCGGGAGGCCAGGACACACCCUGCUGUCCUGAAGGCUGUACCCCACAGGAGGAAGGCCUGCGUGUCAGGCACCGCUCCCCGUGGGUCCUCCGUGGGGCACCAUCCUCCUGGCCAGGCCUGACACUGCCAGGCCCCUCCAGGCUCCACACAGACAGAGGGGAAGCAGACAAGGCUCAAGUCAGACACCAAGAGGGACAGCGGGGGAUGCUGUGCCCACCUGGGCUGGUGGCCAGGCAAGUGCUGGGGCCUGAGGCCUGAGGGCAUGGGCAGCCCCUGACCCUUGGUGUCUGUCCCCACCACUGAUGUGGAAGAAGCACUUUCUGUUAAAGCACCUGCUGCACCCUCCGGGCUGGGGUUUAGGGAAAUGCAGUGGGAAGCCUGGCCGGAGAGGCCUUUUGUGGCCUGAGUGACUGCCACACAUUAAGGGCCCCGUCCAUGCCUCAGUCCUCUCAGCUGCCCGCCAGGACAUCUCGGGGCCCAUUGAGCCCUGGGCCGUGUCCCCCAGCAAGCCCCACCGGUCCGUCUGUCCCCUUGCUCUGCUCUGUCUCACUUGCAGUCUCUAGGCCUCAGGGACCCCAGGCAGCACCCCCAGGGUUUCCUCCAGAUUCAGAAUUCGGGGACCCCAGGGUAGGGGAGCCAAUGGAGAAGGCCCAGAGAGUACCACAGUAGGGGACGGGCACCUUCAGCAUCAGCUGUCACCAUGGUGACCACCCCUGCCCCAGGCCAGCCCCCCAGGAUUUGUCUCAUUGCACCUCCCCAGGACAGGCAGGUCACUUUCGCCCCAUAUUCUGGAGGCGCCGAGAGGUGAGUCUCAGCCGUCUCUCGGCCGGAGGAGCUGCCCCAUCGCCCCUCCCCAGAGGGCGCUCCUCGUGCUCGGCACCAAGGCCCAUCACGACCCCUCCCUGUGGCCUGUGGCGUCCACAAAUCCACCUCCAGCCAUUUCUCAGUAAGUGCUGCCUGGAGACACCGCCCCCGAGAGGUCGCCCAUCCAUCUCCCCCCGGGGGCGCGUGGGGAGCAGAGCCCCAGAAACGCAGACACGAAGCCGCAGCCUCGAGGAAGACUGCUUCUGGAAACCUCUGAAGAACCAAACAAAGCCGGAACACAGCCGUUUACACCAUAAACUAGAAGCCAGGCAGGCGGUUGAGGCUGGGGGCACAGGAACAAACCACCCCAGAGAUGCUCAAGCUCAUAGUUUUAUUGUGACCUGGAGAAAUAGAUACGUGGAAAUUU